AUGACAGAUGGUUUUAUGAGGGCUUCAAAAUCAUUUUUGCUACAAAACGGUAGUAAAUAAGAUCUUUGCUCUGUUGAUGUGUCUUUAGACCCAUUCCGAUUGUUGAGGCCUAUCACAGCUGUUUAAACUUCUUUUGAAAAAAUUAUGCAUUAUUAGUCUACUGAUUAGCCUUAUUCACCAAAUCCUUAUUGUAUUAUAUUAUUUUGGUAUUUUUGUAGAUAUCCAAUAUUCUAAUGAUGGACCAGAAAUGUGUAAUAUAAUGAAUAGUCAAAAUAAAUGCUUUUUCAAUAAUUCAUUAGAAGGUAAAUUGUGGUUACAAAAGCCCAUAGAUGUCUAGCAAUCACAGAUAAAGCAAUCUACUUCUGUUCAGCCAUUAAAUGUAUUACCUUUAGUAUCUUAACUUCCUUUUGUUGAACAUGCGCAGUAGAAACAAGUUUAAUCUAUAAAAAAAGAAAAGCACUUUUAAAAAGAACAACUUAAAUUCUUUAAAGAAGAUUCUAUGUAGAGUGAAGAAGUUUUGAAUGUAGAGGAGAGUAGUAUUUGCUAAAAAGCUAAUAAAAAGAACAAUAUGAGAGGCAAGCGACAUAAGCAUACAAGUGAUAGUUCUGAAUCCUUUAGAAUCAGUAGAAAGAAAAAAACAUCUAAAGUGAACGAUACAAAAAAUAUUACGAAAAAUUACUCAAAAGCAAUUAUUUCAUACAUUUUCAACAAUCCAGAGUUAGUUUAAAAAAUAAUGUCCAAGCAUAGAUAUGAUGAUUUCAUUAAUUUCUUAAAAAACAAAAAAAAUCAAAUGACUAAUAUAAAAUAACUUAGAGAUUUAUGGGUAGACGGAGGGAAAACUUCAGAGUUUAAUAGAGUGUUUAGAAUUAUAAGGUAAUAUGAAUUUAAUAUAAAGUUAAUAAUUUUUAAAAUCUCAAGCUGUCUCUUAUGUUUAUAAUUCUAGAAUUUCAAAUACAUAAUGGCAUUUGAAAUAUAGAUUCAAUCUACUCAGAGCACUUAGAGAGCCAGAAAACUUCAAAUUCAUUAAAGAUAUAUGAC